GAGGAGUAUUACGUCAUUUUGUUACUCAGAAGGAUCUUAAAUCAUCUUUCUUUCCCACCCCUUCAACGUAAGUCUCCUGGAUGUGAGAAUGGUCAUUUGCCUUUUUAACACAUUUUUAUCUCAAGGAAGCGAAGUCUUUGAACAAGAGUGAAGUCAGCGGCCAAAAAAAGAAAACAAAACUGGCUUUUGAGACCCGUAGAAAAAAUCCAGCGGAAACCUGUGGCUGGAGGGUGAGCAGAGUACAAACUUGAAUCAUCAGGGUGCAUCUCUGGCAAAAUUCCAGAAGCCCAAACCCGACGCCCCAGGAUCUCAGGGAGAAAUUUGAAGGAGUCAAGCGGAGAGAACUGCUUAAUGCAAGAGGGACUGGGACGAUCACGUCCAAUCCAGUCUUUCAUCCCUAGUUGUAAAUGAGGUUCUUGAGGUUUUUGUAUUGCCGAGAUGUUUUCUUCUAGUGACUAUGGAACCGCCUCCUGGGAGCUUAUUAUCCGUGUUGAUCACCACUAUGAAGAAGAACAAAAAGAAUUCACACUUAGAGUAUCUGGAGACUUGCAUAUUGGGGGAGUCAUGCUCAAGCUAGUAGAACAAAUCAAUAUACCUCAAGACUGGUCAGAUUUUGCUCUUUGGUGGGAACAAAAACAUUGCUGGCUUCUAAAAACACAUUGGACUCUGGACAAAUAUGGUGUCCAGGCAGAUGCAAGGCUGCUUUUCACACCUCAGCAUAAAAUGUUAUGCCUUCGCUUGCCAAACAUGAAAACUGUGAGACUAAGAGUCAGCUUCUCAUCUGUUGUAUUUAAAGCUGUUGGUGAUAUCUGCAAAACCCUUAAUAUUAGGAGAUCAGAAGAACUCUCUUUGUUAAAACCACCAGAUGAUUAUUUUAAAAAGAAAAAGAAAAAAGAAAAGAAUAACAGAGAACCUAUAAUUGAAGACAUUUUAAAUUUAGACAACUCUCUAACUAUUUCAGGUUCUUCAGCAAGUCCUGGCUUAUACAGUAAAACAAUGACUCCUAUAUAUGAUCCUGUCAAUGGAACACCUAUUUCUUCUACCAUUACUUGGUUCAGUGAUAGUCCUCUGAGAGAACAAAGCUGUAACAUACUUGCUUUCAGCCAACCCAGCCGUUCACCAGAAACACUUGCUGAAAUGUUUCAACCUCGGUCUCUACUUGAUAAAGCCAAACUUAAUGCAGGAUGGUUAGACUCAUCCCGCUCCCUUAUGGAACAAGGCAUUCAGGAAGAUGAGAAACUAUUGUUACGCUUUAAAUACUACACAUUCUUUGACUUGAAUCCCAAAUAUGAUGCCGUUCGAAUAAACCAACUUUAUGAACAAGCCAGGUGGUCCAUUCUCUUAGAAGAAAUUGACUGCACUGAGGAGGAAAUGCUGAUCUUUGCUGCUUUACAGUAUCACAUUAGCAAAUUGUCAUUGUCAGCAGAAACUCUGGAUUUCACAAAUGAGUCUGAAGUGGAUGAAGUAGAAGCUGCCCUCUCUAACCUGGAAGUCACAUUAGAAGGUGGAAAAACAGAAAACAUUUUGGAGGACAUUACAGACAUACCAAAGCUUGCAGAUUAUCUCAGAUUAUUUCGGGCCAAAAAACUAACAUUAAAAACUUUCAAACAAUAUUGGUUUGUCUUUAAAGACACUUCAAUAGCCUACUUUAAAAAUAUGGACCUUGAACAAGGAGAACCAGUUGAAAGACUACAUCUUAGAGGCUGUGAAGUUGUACCCGAUGUAAACGUAUCAGGGAGAAAGUUUGGAAUCAAGUUGCUAAUCCCUGUGGCUGAUGGUAUGAAUGAAGUAUAUUUGAGGUGUGACAAUGAAAAUCAGUAUGCCAGAUGGAUGGCUGCCUGCAUCUUAGCUUCAAAAGGCAAAACUAUGGCUGAUAGUUCCUACUGGUCUGAAGUAAACAACAUUCUUUCAUUUCUGAAGAUGAAAAACAGAAAUACAACCUCACAGACAUCUUCUGACCCCGAAUGUAUGGAUAUGAAACCAGAAUGUUUUGUAUCACCCCGGUGUGCAAAAAAAUACAAGUCUAAACAGUUGGCAGCUCGAAUUCUGGAAGCCCACCAGAACGUGGCACAAAUGUCUCUAGUUGAAGCUAAGCUCCGUUUUAUCCAAGCAUGGCAAUCUUUACCAGAAUUUGGUCUCACGUACUACAUCGUCAGGUUUAAAGGAAGCAAGAAAGAUGAUCUUCUUGGAGUGUCGUAUAAUAGAUUAAUUAGGAUAGAUACAGCCACAGGGGAUCCGAUUACAACAUGGAGAUUUGCAAAUAUGAAACAGUGGAAUGUAAACUGGGAAAUCCGUCAGGUUGCCAUAGAGUUUGACCAAAAUGUCUCUAUUGCUUUCACUUGCCUAAGUGCAGAUUGCAAGAUUGUACAUGAAUAUAUCGGUGGCUAUAUCUUCUUAUCUACCCGUUCCAAAGACCAAAAUGAAACACUUGAUGAAGAGCUCUUCCACAAAUUAACCGGAGGUCAAGAGUGAAACAGCUGACUUGGUUGACCUUUGCAAACAGUACAACCACAUCAUGAUUUUUGAUUUUGAACAUAGAUUUUUUUUUUUAAUCCUUUGACCAUUCUUGACCAGUACAAUAUAAAUACUGCAAUACUUCCCAUGUUAAAUCCCUAGCAACAUCUUUCCCUUCUUUUGUUACUAACCAUUGAACCCACAUUUUGUUUGAUGCACAAGCCCAUGCACAUUCAUUCCCUUCCUUCCCAAAGUAUUAUCUAUGGUGAAAUUACUUGAACCUGAAUAUUAUGACCUAAAGUUUGCUUUCAGCCCUCUGGUGGCAACAGAUUAAUGGAGAAAGAAGAUGUAAAGUAAAAUAGUUCUUGUACAUACUCAGAAGCAAAUGUUUGGUAUCACUCCCAUGAGGUAUCCUGAGAUGAUCCCAUCAAGGAUUCUUUCUGAUUCCCAGAGGAACUAGAACUUAUCAACAAAUUUUGAAUGAUAUGUUUCCUUUUCUGAAGCUAAAAAAUGAGAAGAGAACUUGGAAUUCAAGAGUAAUAUAAUACAUAUAGAAUAAGAUCCUCUAAUAUCUAAUUCUCUGACUAGACACAGAUGAGGCAAAUCAGGAAACAACUUUCAGCCCAUAGGAACAAAUCUCAAGAUUUAAGGCCACCUCUAAGGCUUAAUUUGACCCUUGGGCCCAAGGACCAUGUAGUUCAUGUAAUAACAAAUAUAUUUGAAACAUCUCCUUUUGACAGAAACUGGUAAUAUCAAACUUCCGUAAGUAUCAUUUAUAUAUCUAGCUUCCUAAUAUUUCAGUUUAUGGAUUAGAAUAAUAUUUGAAGUAUGCCGUCUAUUUGUCACAAAGGACAAAGUUGUACAUAAUAUGUCAAAAUGAGGUUUUAAUUUCAGCUGAAUAGUUUGUAUUUCCCAUUUGUCCGUGAUUUCCAUAACUUUAACAGAUAUUGACUGAUUUUUGACCAAAUUUUGUCCAAUUUUGUCUGCAAACAAGAGUUACGGGAUAAAAUUCAAAUUCCAUUUAUGGGUACUUGGCUAUCCGAAAGAAGACAAUGUCAGUCAAAUGAAAUCUUCCAAAUGAGUCAUUUGUACUCAGUAGAGAUGCACUUUACAAAAAGUUUAAAUUUUAGACUAGCUCAUUGUCCUCUUAGAAUAUUAGAUUUCUAAAUAGCCACAAGAGGUCAACAGGUAUUUAUUAAAUACUUACUGUAUGCCAAGCAUUGUAUUAAAUAGUCUAUACAGUUCAUUCUUUCUUCUGUGUAAAGCCAUUUGAGUCCAUAUUCUUCAUAGCCAUCACUGUAAAAUUUUACACUAAUACAUGCAAUUUAAAACUACUUACUUUUCUAUCUGUAUUAGAUGGGAAAAAUCCAUUUAAUUUUUUUAUAUGGAUGGGUAUAGGAAUUAGAAAUAGGGACGAUGAUUUCCUUGGUUGAGUAUACUCCUAAGUGAGGAAGUUGCCAAUAUAGGCUGACUUAGUACCUUUUCUGCACUUGGGUCCUUUUUAAUUUUGAACUUGACAAAUGGCAGAUAAAAUAAGUAUCUCCUUAUACAUCAUAGAACAGAGAAAAGAUUUUAUAUGUAACUGAAAAUCCAAUAUAUACAGUCUGCUUUUCUUUGAAAAUAUCGGAUAACAAUUCUGCACUUAUAGGCUGAGUGGCCUGGAACACUGAGAGUUAAGUGUGAGAGUCACAUAGUUAAAUGUUAAAGGCAGAUCUUGAGCCCAAGUCAACUUGGUAUAAAGGCUAGCUCUCUAAUAUUAUGUCUUGUACUUUAACUGCAAUAAUAAAAUACACAAAGUUUGUUGGUA